AUGUCCACUAAUCCUGGCAUUCCUGGUAGAUGUCGCUUGUGCGGUGAUGAUUGUGCUGCAUACACUCCAAGUACACCAUUGAACUCAGAGUCAGACUGCUACUGCAAUCACGGAUGUAGCCAACAUAUGCAUCCUGCUGCAAAUUUCCCUCCCCAAGGAGGUUUACAAAUGAAUGGUAUAUCGUGUUUAGGUUACCGGACAAUGCAAAAUUCACCUAUAACAAAUUUUCGUCAGCCCUGUGGAGGAUGCUCGCUUGGCUAUAAUGCUCAUAGCCCGCUCAUUUCGGCAUCACCCUCUAUAGCAUCGAGUACUUCAUUCAGGCCACCACCUCAUACCACUCCUUCUCUUCUACCUGUUGCCGAGUCGCAGGUAUCACUACGGGAGCCCCAAGGCAAUCAGACCUAUGAAAACUUCUUUGUGAACCUACCACGUCAUUCCAUUCCCUCGUAUACCAACACAUCCUCAGCAACCACAACAUCUUUGGUGACUGGUUACACUCCAGCACGUGUCGCUCAAACAGCCUUUGGGGUGCCAAUGUCUGGGGUUUCAAUGCCCACAUAUAAUGCUCAUGGUCGAACCAGGGGCACUGCUAUUGUGCGCUCUGCACGCCCAAGGGUCCCAGGGAGUGGUGUGACUUUGAAAAUUCUGAUAGUUCUUUUACCCAAGGAUCUCUCCAAUGUCUGUAAUGAAGAUGCUCCAGAUUUUAUGGACGAAGAUUUCCUCUCAGUUACACGGAUGCGUACGGGCGAAGAGCUUGCUUCGGAUCUUCGGUUUCUCUCGAGAUAUGGCCUCACGAAGAAGCUUACCCUUCAGCGCCGAAAUGCUGAUGACUAUGUCCUGGCCGACUUAAUCAAAGCAGUCACAGAUGUCACCAUCAAUGCCAAUAUUUGUUUCCCAUCAUAUACCCCCGAUCCACUGGAUCUUGCUCCAGACAAGCUGAAUCAAGAUGUCCGCACAGAUUUCCACAAUCUUCCCUUCCGAUUUAUUGUCCCUGGGUAUUCCAAUGCCCAUCAGGGUCAGCGGUACCUGCGCGUUGAUUACUCAUUUUCAUUCCAGCAGCUCCGAUUCUCUAGCUUCCAGAAGAAAUGUGAGAGAGUCCGAGCACCAGACGACCACUCCACUGGACUAUUAUUUCUUUGUCCAAAAGGCGGACCUCUCAUCGGACCAGUGGAGCCAAGGUCCUCCCACCAACAUUUCUGUUUUGCCAACCGUAUCAUGGGCCAUCUAGUGCAGGGCUUUGAUGACACUCCAUCUGUACCUGGACGUUUCUUCACCGUCCCAUGCAAGAUGAGAUGCCCAGAUGAUGCACCCACCCCUCCUACGUCUUUAAUACCAGCAACCCCAUUCUCAUCAUCUUCGUUGAUGAUGGGGUCCUCUGGUUCCGGUGCUAGUCUGUCCUCUAGUUUUAGCAGUGCUGUUCCUCGCUAUCGGAAUAGUGAACACUCUACAUCACCCUCAACUGCAAUCACUACAUUGUCAGGCAAUGCGCUGGCUGGUCGAGUUCCUCGGUAUCUAAAUAGAGACCGUUCUGCAUCACCUCGUCCAUUACACCAUGGACGACACCAAAGGACCUUGUCACCUGAAAGGCUGAUUCUGCAGCGGCCUCCUGUAUCUCCCUCAAAUAUCCAUUCCCAGCCGGCAUUGUCACCCAUCUCACCCAAUCUCCACCCCCUGCCUGACACCGUGGCUGACAUUCCAUCACGAUCAGCUAGAACUCUCCAGCCAUUUCCAUUGAGACAAUCUUACGACGAGUUGAUCGCCCCCCUGAUCCCCUUCCGUGCAGGGAAUAUUUGUGAUCUUUUUGAUCUAUCACAGGCUAUUCACUCCUCUGCCGACCAGGCCUACUCUGAUUCUACUCUGUGCAUAGAGGCCAGUACCGUAACAGACGCAGCUAACGGCAUCAUCAAUGUUUUCAGACGCUACUAUAUGCAGCUCAGUGAAGGCAAUGCUCUGGACUCGGAUACAUUGAACUUUACCAACCCCAACCUGCAUGGCGCUUUUGCUAUCUACCGACGGGAGAACCUAGUGAGACAUGAUCUUACUGUUGGGGACAUGAAGUCCAUAGUCUCAAUACCUGUGUGGCACUUCCAAGCUGGUCAUCGUAAUGCGACUGACAGCUUUGGUAAUGGUGUCAUGCGACAAGUGAUUCAUACUGCCCUUCGGAAAAGUGUUUCCUGGACGUCCAAUGGUAGUAACGAAGAUAAUUUGGCACUGGUGGAGGGCGAUGUCUGCAUUGAACUUGAUGAUGACUUUUGGGCUCUCAAGCUAUUGCGGUUCCCUUCUUCCACAAAACUCGCCACCAUUUUUGCCAUCGGUCGUCUCUGCGCCUUGCACCUCCUUCAGGUGAAAAACGGGCCUCAUCCAAUCUCGCCAGCUCUGCUGAGUUUUAUCGUAAGCAGUGUCUCAUCUCUGACAACUUCAGAAUCCAACCAUUUGUGGCUUGGCGACAAUCUAUUCCCUACCUUAGCCAACAUUAUCAAGUCUCUGCCCACCGAGGAUGAUAAUGUGUCCAACCUUGUCAUGGAUGGAGCGAACCGAGAUCAUAUCACGAGAAUUUGCCAAUCUCGUCUGAUGACCGAUUUUGGUGAGAUUCAAGGCACUCCCUCAGAACGCUGGCCGAUGGUAUGGCAAGACUUGAUCUGCGCUGCCCUGCUCGGUUACUCCCACGAUGAGUUUGUCAACUCCAGAGAGUACCUGGCUUUUAAAGAUGGAUUCGACCUCCAUGUAAUGACGUCUAUUCCUUCGCUCUCUGAGAUUUUACGACCAAGUUUUGGUAGCAUUCUUCGAUCAAUUUAUGAUUGCCGUCCAACCGCCGAUAUCUUGGAAAACAUUCUAUGCUUUGAGGUUGAUGGUGAUGACAACUUUCGUGCUCAAUUGUCUCCCUAUCUCCGUGCAUUCAAAUCUGCUGUCUUGAAGUAUUUGAAUGGCAGAGGCCACCCCCGUCACUCCGUCUUUGAAAGUCUACGUGAUGAUGAAGCAAUGCGCCCGCACUAUUGUGCACUCCGUUUUGUUCAGGUGUUGAGUGGAAUUCCUUUGGUGCCAGCAGACCCUCUAGCACGAUUUAUGGUCAAUGUUACACAGCACGUCCCUGUUGACGCCACAUUCAAUGGUCAUCUAAACCCAGAAACUGAUCUGAUUCCACCCAUCACACAUGCCUGUAUGCUCAGGCUUGACGUAUUCAUGAACCCACCACUCAUGAACUGGUUGUGUGCGCCGUUGCGUGCUGAUGAAGAUGCAUCCCCUCUUGAUGUAUGCCUUCACAUGGCAUUAGUUGAAGUUGGUGAGGACUCCUUCUCGGCACGUUUCCCUUUAUCAUCAUAA